CGGGCAUUCUUUGAUGUUGCCCCAAAAUGGCGUAUGCGGUUUCUUCGCUGGAGGAACAUUGAGUGGGGGAAAAAAAAAAAAAGAAAACACACCGUGAUUUCGAUUAGGAACCGAGUUUAAAUUUGCGUGCUUUUGUGUGUGUGGGUCCUUAAAAUAAGACUGCGAAAAUGAAAGGCAAAGAGCGGUCGCCGGCGAAGAAACGCUCAAGGGCCUUGGAUGAGAUCCGAGACAGAGGAGGAAGCCACCCGACCAGCAAGAAAAUGGCUCUUUCUGUGUCCGGUGGCAACAGCAACGGCAACAGCUCGGCAAAGAGCGAAGGGAGCUCGACCAGGAGGAGCCUGCUCGCCGACAAAAGGGGAGAAAGUCGGGAUUUCGAGAGGCACGCAGCCGGCAGUGCCAGCAGCAACCACGGCUACGCUGCGCUCGCAAGCUCCUGCAGCAAGAACCACGAUAAUAACUUAAACCCGGAGCCCGCCAGGAUCAACACCCGCGGGGAGCCUCGGCCGCCGCCGCCGCCGCCGCCUCUCAACAGCGAGAGUGAGUACAAGACCCUUAAAAUAAGCGAGCUGGGCUCCCAGCUCAGCGACGAAGAGAUAGAAGACGGGCUUUUCCACGAGUUUAAGAAAUUUGGCGACGUGAGUGUUAAAAUUAGCCGGAUUAGCGACGAGAGGGUGGCGUUUGUCAAUUUCAGGAGGCCCGAGGAUGCCAGGGCGGCCAAGCACGCGAGGGGGAGACUGGUGCUGUACGAUCGCCCCCUGAAAAUCGAGGCCGUGCAUAUGAACAGGAGGAGAAGCCGCUCCCCUAUUGAAAAGGACACUUACGCAGUGCUGGCAGGGCGGCACCCACACGUCCAGAGACCUUUAUCCCCCACUGGACUGGGAUACAGAGAUUACAGGCUGCAGCAGCUUGCUUUGGGGCGUCUACCCCCUCCCCCACCGCCCCCCCUGCCCAGAGAUCUGCAGAGGGUAAGAGAAUAUGCCUUUUUCGACGCCCGGGCACGCCCAGCUUACAAUAGGACUGCUUUCCGAGAAGAGGAAGUCCUUUCCCCUGAAGAUGAUGAAAGAGCUAACAGGACGUUGUUUCUUGGGAACCUGGAUAUCACUGCCACGCAGAGCGACCUGAGGAGGGCCUUUGACAGGUUCGGGGUGGUCACUGAAGUGGACAUUAAGAGACCCACCCAGGGCCAGACCAGCACCUAUGGUUUCCUCAAGUAUGAGAACCUGGACAUGGCUCACCGUGCCAUGAUCGCAAUGUCUGGCAAGGUGAUUUGCCGAAAACCCAUCAAGAUCGGCUAUGGCAAAGCCACCCCCAGCACUCGCCUCUGGGUGGGGGGCUUAGGGCCCUGGGUUCCCUUGGCAGCUCUUGCCAGGGAGUUUGACCGUUUUGGCACCAUAAGAACUAUUGACUACAGAAAAGGGGACACCUGGGCCUACAUUCAAUAUGAAAGUCUGGAUGCCGCCCAGGCAGCUUGCAGCCACAUGAGAGGCUUCGCUUUGGGGGGCCCGGAUCGCAGACUCAGAGUGGAUUUUGCAGACACAGAGCAGAGAUACCAACAGCAAUACUUGCAGCCCCUGCCUUUGCCUCACUAUGACUUGGUGGCAGAAAGCUUUGUUCACCGCGCAGCACCAGAGCCAUUAAGGGCCAGGGAAAGGACUCCCCCGCCUUUGCACUUCAGAGAGAGGGAGCUGUACCCAGCUCCUGAAUGGGCCCCUGUCAGAGACCGAGUGAGAGCAGGCUACGAUCCGCUAGAACACCUGGACAGGGAACGCAGGCCGCGAGAGAGCUGGUCCCUGGACCGGGAAAGAGAGCUACAGAACCGGGAACAAACCCGAAAGCGCCGGCUGUUGGAGGAAAGCCGAAUCCUGGAGCGCUCCCCAGACAGCACUGAGCGUGCCAGGAGGCGCCACUGCCUUUCCUUGGAGCGCAGUCCAGGGGAGAGCAGCAGAGACGGCGGACGUUACAGUGACUCUGAGCGGCCCGUGCGCACAGAGAGGCCCUCCCCGCCCCUCAGGGACAGGCGCGCCAGCUUAGAAAAGGGCCAAGGUGACAAACGAGGAGGAGAGCGGCUAAAAAACAUCAGCCUCUCUGACGCUGGCAUCGGGGGCGGUGGAGAGAGGGAGCGCAAACGCAAGAUCGGCGACGCCUGCAAGAGCCCGGUCAAGAAAGAUGAGAGAUUGGAAGUCAGCUCCUCCAAGCCCUCCCAGCAGCAGAAGCAGGAAGGCAGCCAGAAACUCACCCUGGCCUGGCAAGGCAUGCUUCUCCUGAAAAACAGCAAUUUCCCUUCCAACAUGCACCUCCUGGACGGGGACCUCAACGUGGCCACCAGCCUGCUGAUCGACGGCUCCACGGGAGGCAAGGUGGCUCAGCUGAAGAUCACCCAGCGCCUGCGUCUGGACCAGCCCAAGCUCGACGAGGUCACACGCCGCAUCAAAGCUGCAGGACCCAAAGGCUACUCCGUCCUCCUCGCAGUACCGGGAGACGAUGGCACUUCCGAGUCGGAUCAAGCUUCAUCCACCCAGAGACCCCUGAAGAACCUGGUGUCUUACUUGAAACAAAAGCAGGCUGCCGGUGUCAUCAGCCUGCCCAUCGGAGGCAGCAAAGACAAGGACAACGCUGGAGUCCUCCACGCUUUCCCUCCCUGCGAUUUCUCCCAACAGUUCUUGGAUUCCUCCGCAAAAGCGCUUGCCAAAACCGAAGAGGACUACCUGGUGAUGAUCAUAGUGCGUGGGGCGUCCUAAAAAUUUUUGUAAGGUUGCAGAUCAACAGCACUGCAUGCAUGCGCCUGGUUUUGUAUUAUGGGAUACAUCAGUGUAUUAAGUUUGGGCGUUGGCAACACAUUUUGCCAAACAAAAUAACCCUUCUUUUAGGCAAAAAAAAAGAAAAUCCACGAAUCCAGUUCUUGGGGUCCAAAAACGUAACUUUAUCAAAAGGUUUGCAAGCCUGUCUUGCAUUAUCAGAGCUAUUCCUUUUUAGUUUAAUUUUUUUUUUUUUUUUUUUUUUAACAGAUUUACCUGUUUGUGUUCUGUAUACUGUUCCAAUCCAUAUACUGGUGUUCAGGCUCAAUAUUAUGAGGAGGAGGGUAGGGGGGGUUAAAGAAGGCAGGCUUGCUAAGAAAUGAAAUACAUCAAAUUUCUAGAGAUGUGAAAAUGAAUGGCACUGUCGUGUAAUUCAGUAGGCCUGUACGAGCCCACAGUGAGCUUGGUUGCAGUUAAUCCAAAUGAUUAAAUACAUAAAUAAAUUUGUAUGACAUACUGAGCAGCCUGCAGCAGGGCACACGAAAAGCACUUGGUCAUAUUUUUCCAUUGCGUGUAAUUAAGAGGUACAGGCGUCGCCAGAUCGGACACCUCUCAGUUUCUUUACAAUUGGCUAUUGAUAAAACAAGCAGCUGUUUCAGUUGCCUGAACUGCAGCUGUGGGUGCUCGGGGGUCACAUUUUCCCAGUGUGUUACAGAGAAUCCCCUCUUACUGUGUAAGAAGACCAAUAGAAAUUCCAUCAGGGCUGCUGAGCUGUGCUCUGCUGUAGUGUCCCUCCCUGUGAUUUUCUUUGAACAGAUGUGGGUAAACUGGGCCUGCCUUUUAUGUCUCUUCCCCUCUUUGCUGUUUGGUGUUUCCCUGUCGCUGAUCAGAUUCAAGGUUUGCAUUUGCAAAGCUUUAAUUGCCUCCUCCUGCUGAAGGGCGCAGUGUGUUUUGGGUUCUGUUAAAUGUAAAAUAAUUCUUUGAAGACCCGAACGAGGCUCUUUGGGAUUGAUAGAUACUUCAAGUAAAAUGCAGACCUUGUGCAGCGAAAGUGGUAUGGGAUCUGAUGAGUAUCUUCUGACAGACCCGUUCAUUAUUGUCAAUCUGCUCACAUGGUGCUUUCCUUUUUAUCUUAAGGUACCUUCUUGUGUGUUUAUGUUAAUAACAGAUUUAGUAUCCCAUAAUGCAAAAUCUGACAGUAACCAUGUUGACUUGAAAAAAAAAAAAAAAAAUAUCCACAAAGCUGAAUGUUUAUGCUUGCAUUAACCCAAAAUAAUGGUAGGGGUUUAGUGUUGAUUAAACUCUUGCCAUGUACUUGGUAGGAGUUUAGUUGUAUAUUUUCCUUUUUUAGAAACACAAGUACAGUCCAGUUACUGGUUUAUAUAACAAAGGUGGAGAUUCUAAAUGCAGAAAUGUUGUUUUGUGUUAUUAGUGUGUACACGACAGUAGAGAACAGAUAUUUGGUUACUGUUUAAAAAGCACUUUUACUGUUGUGCAGAAAAAGAAAAAAAAAAAACAGAUAAUGUUAGGUUGUUUAUCCGUGGAGCAUUGGCUGGGCUGUCUGCUUCUGCAGUGCAUGAAAUCCCCAAAGAUCAGUAUGAUUUGACAUGGUGUUUUCAGCACAGGUCUGAGACACUAGCUGCACAGAUCCUGGCUAGGUAUUUAAUCCUACUGGUUCCCUUCUAAAUGCUAAAGUAAAUGCGCAUUGUGAAACAAAGCCGUCUAUUUAGCCUAAUCGCUGUUUGAAAGAAAGUGUGGCUUCUUGGACAUGUAAUUCAUGUCUGAUUGUCAUUUUCCUUUAAAAAAAUAAAACAAGCAUCUCUAUAACAUGAAAGUAAUGGUUGGUCUGUAGUAUGGAGGGGGUGAUAACACUGGGGCUUGGUUUGAGUAAUUCAGACCCCCCCAGUGGGUUGGAAGUGUUUCUCCAAAGCUGACAGCCUUGUUUUGCUCUGUAACUCAUUCCUACAAACUGUAUGGCACCAAUAAUACACAAAAGGGGAGGGGGGGGGGUUGGUCAGCUGUUGGGUUUGAUGAAAUGUUUACUGUGGUUGGUGGUUAUUUUGUGUGUUAAAGUGAGAGGUGUUUUUUUGAGAGGGAGAAAAUGUUGCUUCUGUAACUAUUCGUAAAACAGUACGAUUUGCUAUUCUUCAGUCCCUAAAAUAUGUUUUUCUUCCUCCAGUGCAAAUGUUUAAAUGUAGAAACAAAAAUACUAAAGAAUAAAAGGCACAGCAGAUUUAUAAAUGUACAAUCUGCUCUCUCACUAAUGCAUGCUAUAAACACAGCCCUGAAUUAAAUGUUCUGGCCCAGAGUGUGUUUGCCUGGCCACUUCAAAUCCUGAAUUAGCACAGGGGAACUGAUCGUGUUUGUUUCAAUGCCCCUCUGCGCACUGCUGCUCCUCGGCAGGCUUGUUAAUCAGUCACCAUUGCUAAGAGGCAAGCUGUUUAACUACCCGCUCAUGGGUCAAGGUGCCAUGUGAUGUUUGACCAGAGGACGCAGUUGUAGAAACCAGUGAAAAGAAUGGAGUUGUAUUUCUCAAUUCCUGAGAAGCACUAAGCCAAGCAGAACCCAGGCAGUGUUUGUUUACUUGCAGUGCAUUGUGAUACGUAAAGCAUGUGGAUGCUUCUGCUUCAAAACAGAGUUACUUUUAAUUCUUUACUGUCAGCUUUCUACUUAAUAUUCUGACUCUGGUUCAUCACAACUUUAUAUAUAUGUAUAUAAAAUCAUAUACCUUAAUAGGGUUAGGUUGUAACCUGGCAGAUUGAUACCUGAAGCGUAUUUAAAUUAUACGCAUUGGUGUGAUGACAUUAUGGCCAUUAAAGCCAGUCUCGGUGUAAUGGGCGACGUGGGUAAAGUAAUGCAAGAGAGCUGGGAAGUAAGGAUUAGUUAUCUAAAUGAACACAGUCAUGAUUCCGUUUUCUGUUUGUUGCAAAAGGGUCUUUCUCAUUUUAGAGUGAACCGUUUAAUAAAUACGAUGUGCUUGUGGGGGAUAUUGGAUAGCUGUUUGGAAUGGCCCCACGUUAACAUCAGAGGCUAAAAUAAUGAGUGUACAGACCCAAGCUAGUACUGUAGAAAUGCACUCUCAGAAUGGGAGUGGAGUAAAGAACCUUUUUAUGGGGUCUGGUACAGUGUAGUUAAUAAGAUGUGUGAUUUCACACUUGCAAUCCAGUAAGGAGAUUAUCCCAGAGUUUAAAUACAUUGUGAUACCAAGGGUAAUACCUUUAAAAAAAAAAAAAAAAAAAAAAAAAAAAUAUCUGUGUGUGUAUGUGUAUAUCUAUCUAUAUAUAUCUAUCUAUAUAUAUAUAUAAUGUGUGUGUAUGUGUGUGUGCAUGGAUGUUGAAACAAAGAUUAAGAAAUGUGUAGCUGCUGCUGCUGCUGAUAAUAAUUCUAAUUUUAUCUCAAUGACU